UAUAUCACAGACAACAAAAUGCAGGUGUGAGAGCCAUUUUUGUUGUUGUUCUUUUUGGAACCUCCCACCACUUCUCCCACCACGUCUCCAUUAGGCAAAGGUCAAAGGUCAAAUACCUCAGGUUAAUGGGAGUUAAUUGGUUGGUGCUCAAACAGAAGGAGAAGCAAACAUUUGAUGCCUAAUGUAACGGCUCACACGCAGACAGGCUAAUGAAGAACCUUAGUUAAAGGUCCAUAUCUCAUUCAUAGACUGGAACAGGAUGGCACUGUUUAACUGUCAAUAUAAAACAUUCUUAAUCUGAAACAUUUCAAAAACUUCAUUAGGCUUAUCGUGCACAAUAUUACAGACACAAUCUUUUUAAAUAUUAAGUCUUAAUCAUAAUGACAUCUACAGAACAUUUAAUGAUUGACAUGGUGCUGGUAAAUGUGUCUCGUUUAGUCAAGAUCCAUAAAAGUCAGUCUAUUUCACAGCUCUGCUCCAGCCUUUUGCUCACUCUGUCAGCAGCGCAAAAAUGAAAUUCGACAACAUACUUUCAGAGAUUAAUGGGUUUGGAAAAUUCCAAAUCACGCUGGUCUUGAUUCAGUUUCUCUCCCGAGUUACUUUGCCAUGUCACUUUCUCUUGAAUAACUUCAUGGCAGCGGUUCCAGAUCACCACUGCAACGUAAGUGCACUGGACGAGGAAGGCUUCUUCAAGAGUCUGACCCCAGAGCAGAAACUGGCUGUUAGCAUUCCAUCGGAGGGGCAUGGGACUCUGAGCUCCUGUCACAUGUACUCACAGCCCCAAUAUCAAAAUCUAUCAGGAUCUAACAGUGGUGAGGAUGCAUUCACUGUUCCGUGUCAGAAUGGAUGGGUGUAUGACAACAGCACCUUUAAAUCGACUUUGGCGACAGAGUGGGAUCUCGUGUGCAGCAGAAAAGGGAUGAACAAGGCAACGGCCACCAUUUUCUUCAUUGGAGUCAUGGUCGGAGCCCCUUUAUUUGGUUUUCUCAGUGACAGAUUUGGGCGACGUCCACUCCUGCUGGUGUCGUACAUAAUGUCCAUGACGUUUGCAGUGCUCAGUGCUUUCUCCACGUCGUAUGUGAUGUUUGUCAUCAUGAGAUUUUUUACAGGGAUGUCACUUGCAGGAAUAAGUAUCAUCUGCAUCGUUCUCAAUGUGGAAUGGUUCAGCAUGGAACACAGAACAUUCUCUGGUAUAAUUAUAAGUUUGGAUUGGACAAUUGGGAAUUGGAUUCUGGUUGGAAUGGCUUACUUGAUAAAGGAUUGGAGGAUGCUCCUGUUGGCUGCGACCUCACCCCUGGUAUUGGCCACAAUUGCUUGGAGGUGGCUGCCAGAGUCUGCAAGGUGGCUACUGGCAAAGGGGAGGGCAGAGGACGCUCAUUAUUACAUCAUCAAAUGUGCUGAAAUGAACAAUAGAACCAAAUGUUUGGCCACCAUCACACCAACGGCAUUACUGGAAUCUGUGGAAAAUGAAACGGCAGAUAGGAAGUACAACUUUGUUGAUCUUUUCAGAACUCCAAACAUCAGGAAACUUGCCAUAUGCUCCGGGAUAGUGUGGUAUGGAGUUGCAUUUACAUAUUAUGGGAUAAGCCUAAAUAUCACCGGGUUUGGAUUGAACCCAUAUCUCACACAAUUCCUGUUUGCAUCCAUUGAAAUGCCGAUGAAGGUUGGUGUGUAUUUCUUCCUGAAGAAGAUUGGUCGAAAGCCUGGUCAGAUGUGGACCCUGCUACUGACCGGCCUCUGUCUGUUCAUCAACAUAUUCAUUGCAAAAGAAAAAUGGGUGUCUCGUACUGUUGUCGCCGUGCUGGGAAAAGCCAUGUCCGAGGCCUCAUUCACAAUCGUGUACCUCUAUACAACUGAACUCUAUCCUACAGUUGUGCGACAGAACGGCUUAGGCUACACGUCGUUUGUGGCACGGCUGGGUGUCUCCUUAUCCCCACUCAUCAUGCUGUUGGAGGACGUGUGGUAUCUCCUCCCUCAAGUCAUAUAUUGUGCAGUGGCAGUUGGGUCCGGUUUAGUAGUUUCAUUCCUGCCUGAAACAUUAAGCAUCCGACUGCCAGAGUUCAUCGAAGACAUUGAGAAACCCAGUUCUGAACUCUGUUUCAAAGAAUUAAAAAAAGAAAGAAAAAAGAUGAAGUUUGAAAAUGUGCUGGCAGAGGUAAAUGGCUUUGGGAAAUUCCAGUUGGGGUUGAUCCUAAUAAUGGUCAUUCCUCGUAUGACUUUGCCCUUCCACUUCCUGCUGAAUAAUUUCAUUGCGGCUAUUCCUGCUCACCACUGCGACAUCAGCUCUCUGGAUGAUGGAGGCAUUUUUAGGAAUUUAUCACAGGCAGAGAGGCUCGUUGUGAGUAUUCCACUGCAGGACGAUGGGACUCCAAGCUCCUGUGAGAUGUUCACAAAGCCUCAGUAUUUUCUGCUGCUCAACGCCUCCAACAUCACUGAGCUUCCCACCGUGUCCUGCCAGAACGGAUGGGUGUACGAUAACACCACCUUCAAAUCUACUCUGGCCACAGAGUGGGAUCUGGUUUGUGAUAUGAGACUUUUGAACAGAGCCACUGCCACAAUCUAUUUCAUGGGAGUCAUGUUUGGAGCAGCACUGUUUGGAUAUCUUAGUGACAGGUUUGGCAGGAAAAGGGCACUCCUGUUGUCCUAUGUGACGACAACAGUCUUUGGAUUUGCGAGCGCUUUCUCCACUAACCUUUCCGUUUUUUCUGCGAUGAGAUUUUUUACUGGAGUGGGACUUUCUGGAAUAAGCAUAAUCUCAUUUGUCCUAUGUAUUGAAUGGGUGGACAUCAAGCAUCGAACUGCAGUGGCCAUUUUAAUGAGCUUGGACUGGAGUGUUUCUAAUGCCCUGCUAUCAGUCUUGGCCUAUUUUGUGAAUGACUGGCGGUACCUGACUGCCGCAGCAACCUCCCCACUGUUACUGGCAAUGAUCUAUUGGUGGUGGCUCCCUGACUCUGCCAGGUGGCUUAUAAGCAAUGGGAAGGUAAACAGUGCCCAUUUUUACCUGAGCAUGUGUGCAAAGGUCAACCGCAGAGAGCAGUUCAUGGCUGACCUAAAGCCUGAGAGUCUGUCCAAAGUCAUAUUUGUAGAAAAUGAAAACAGAAAAUAUUCCUAUUUGGACCUUGUGAGGACUCCCAGAAUGAGAAGAGUGGCUCUACUUUCUGGCAUUGUGUGGUUUGGUGUCGCCAGUACAUAUUAUGGAAUCAGCCUGAAUAUCAAUGGCUUUGGUAUGAACAUUUAUCUCACACAGUUCAUCUACGGUGUGAUAGAAAUCCCGGCAAAGGCAUUUCUCUACUUCACCGUGGACAUAAUAGGUCGGAGGAUAAAUCAGGUGGCAACACUUGUUCUCACAGGACUGUGCAUAUUCUGCAACAUGUUUAUCCCUGAAGCCAUGGGGCUGUAUCGAACAGCUGCAGGAGCUUUGGGCAAAAUGUUUGCAGAGGGAGCUUUUACCACUGUAUAUCUGUACACAGUAGAGCUGUUCCCCACAGUAAUCAGACAAAAUGGAUUGGGUAGCUGCUCCUUCAUGGCACGUUUAGGUGUGUCUAUAUCCCCUCUGAUCAUGCUCCUCGAGGAAGUGUGGCUCCCUCUGCCGAGUGUUGUUUUCGUCCUGUUGGCUUUGGUUGCAAGUUUUUCUGCUUCUUUUCUUCCUGAGACAAAAAACACCCGCCUACCAGAGACGAUUGAGGAAGUGGAACAGAUGAGACAUGGCCGUGCUUUACUUUUUCUAAUUUCAAAGGAACCACAGCAAAAGGCCACAAUGAGGUUUGAGAACAUCCUUGCCGACAUCAAUGGAUUUGGAAGAUUUCAGGUCAUGAUCAUCGCGAUCAGCUUCAUCGGACGCUUCACACUGCCGUGCCACUUCAUGCUCAACAACUUCAUAUCAGCGGUUCCUGCUCACCAUUGUGACAUCAGCUCUCUGGAUGAUGGAGGUAUUUUUGGGAAUUUAUCAGAGGCAGAGAAGCUUGUUGUUGGUAUUCCAUUGCAGGACGACGGGACUCCAAGCUCCUGCCAGAUGUUUGCAAAAGCCCAGUAUCAUCUGCUGUUCAACUCCUCCAACACGACUGGGCUCCCCACUGUGUCCUGUCAGAAUGGAUGGGUGUACGAUAACACCACCUUCAAAUCUACUCUGACUUCACAGUGGGACCUGGUAUGUGACAGCAAAGGCAAAAACAAGGUAACUGCGACCAUCUUCUUCAUUGGAGUGAUGUUUGGAGCUGUGACCUUUGGAAGUUUGAGUGACAGGUUUGGCCGGAGGAAGACGCUGCUGGUGUCCUACGUGUCCGCAAUGUUGUUUGCUUUUACAAGUGCAUUUUCUACAACCUAUGGGAUGUUUGCGGUGCUGAGGUUCUUCACCGGGUUCUGCAUCACUGGCAUCAUCAUUGUCUCAGCAGUGCUUAGUGUGGAGUGGGUGGACGUCGAGCACAGAAAGCUGGUGGCAGUGGUGGACAGCUUAUCAUGGACAUUUGGGAUGAUAUGUUUUACAGCCAUUGCGUACUUUGUGAACGACUGGCGAUGGCUAAUUGUUUGUGUCACAUCACCUCUGAUCGUGGCCCUAAUCACCUGGAGGUGGAUGCCAGAGUCGGCUCGGUGGCUCAUUGCAAAUGGAAAGCUGGAGCAAGCUCAGAUGUAUUUGACAAAAUGUGCCGAAAUUAACAAGCGAGAGAAGUUCCUUACUACACUUAAAACAGAGACAUUAUCAACAAUUGUUGUGACAGAAAAAAGAGACCGAUCUUAUUCCUACAUCGAUCUAAUACGAACAUCCAAGAUGAGGAGAAUGGCCUUGAAGACUGGUAUAUUGUGGUUUUGUGUGGCAACCACCUUUUAUGGCAUCAGCUUCAACCUCACAGGCUUUGGCCUCAAUAUCUACCUCGCUCAGUUUGCCUAUGCUUCAAUUGAGCUCCCAGCCAAACUAGCAGUGUACUACUUACUGGAUAAGGUGGGAAGGCGAAGCACCGAGGUGGGAGCUCUGCUGCUGGCGGGAGUCUGUCUCGCUAUCAACACUGUGGUACCUACAGAUAUGUCUGUCGUCAGAUCUGUGAUAGCAGUCAUUGGAAAAGGGUUUUCAUCAGCAUCCUUUACAACUGUGGUUCUCUACAGCACUGAGCUCUAUCCCACCGUAGUGAGACAGAAUGGCAUGGGCUAUAACUCCUUCAUGGCUCGGUUUGGCGUAGCUGUGGCUCCACUGAUCCUCUUACUGGACGACAUCUGGAAGGAGCUGCCACAGGUUGUCCUGUGCUCUAUAGCUCUCCUUGGUGGGAUGGUGGCAAGAACGCUGUCAGAGACACGCAACAGGUGCCUGCCAGAAACCAUAGAGGACAUCGAACAGAAGUAUAGUCAACAGACCCUGACGGGAGAGAAGAUCCAGUCAGCUCAUGAGUGAAAAGUGGUUUGUUAUGUUAAAAUAAAACUGAAUAUAGAAAAAACAUGUGUAUUAAACUUUUGUAGGAAAAUGAUGAUUGCUGAUAAAUACUGAAUGACUAUAGGCCCAAUAACAUUGGGGUAAAAUUACUUUACACCAAAGUCAGUCAAUUAUAAUCAGGGAUCUUUGUUUAACUAUAAAUAGAUUUGCAUGUGUGAUAGUUUUAAACCUGAUAAACAGUGUUUUAACAAUGUUUUGUUUUGAAUCAAGUUAUUUACUUACAAUAUCGUAGUACAAAUGUGGAAAACUAGAAUUACCUCUCAGUGACUGUAUACCUCCAGUAAAUAAAUGAUACCCAGAUUAUACAAAUUUUAGGACUCGGGACAUGUGUUUUUCCACUGCGGGGGUGAUUAUUCUCUCACCUUCACUAACCAUUUGACCUUCAACCACAUUACUUUACCUGGAAACCUUUGUGAGAGUUCAUGUCCUCAAGAAAAUAAUUGUUUUUUGUGAGGUGAAAUUGGUAGACGGACAACCUGAGAACAUAAAGAAUCCCAUUUCUGCCUGUUGACAGGCACAAAGGUGUAGCAACAAAACACCACUAACUAUACAACUUUAGCAAUCCAUGUGUUUAAUUAUAUGUA